GCCGCCUAUGGGAAACACGGAAGAGUUCAUUCAAGGCGUUUUGAGAGCGUGGGCUGCUAAUCCACGGACACACACACAUACGCGAGAGUUUUUCCACUGUAAACAUGCUGUCGUGAAGCUUCUCCAAUGCGUCCUCGCGUUUUACUCUUGUUUUACUUUGGCUUUAAUCGGAGAUGUCUGGAUUCACAUUACUGCAUGGACUGAUUCUCGUUUGCUCGAUUCAACCGCUCGUGUCCGCCGAGAAACCGGAUGAUGGUUGUGGUCAUUAUGUCCUGGGCCAAGAGAGCGGCGUGCUGUCCUCCAAGAACUACCCAGGAACUUAUCCCAACAACUCCUGGUGUGAGUGGCGGAUCCGCGUGCCCAUCGGCCACACCAUCAUCCUUAAGUUUGGAGACCUCAAUAUGGAAGAGAAGGACUGUGGGUCGGACUAUUUGGAGGUUCUGAAAGGAUCCUUUGGGGCAGAAACUGUCGAAUGGAAGUACUGUGGUGGUCCUGCAUCCAUGCCCACCCUGAUUCACAUCGAGUCCAGUGAGCUUACUGUCCGCUUUCGCAGCAGUCAGCACAUCUCAGGAAGAGGAUUUCUGCUUUCAUACUCCAUAGACAACAACAAAGAGCUGCUAACAUGCUUGGACAGAGACAGCCAUUUCCAAGCGGUACAGACAAAGUACAGGAAGUACUGUCCGGCCGGAUGCGCUGCUGUGACGGGAGACGUGUCUGGAGACAUUUCCCUGGGCUAUAGACACACGUCAGUUCUGUGUAAGGCAGCGGUGCAUGCCGGGGUCAUCAUGGAUCAAUUUGGAGGACCAAUCACAGUGGAGGAGAGCCGAGGGCUCAGUCACUACCCUGCUGUCAGAGCUAAUGGCAUCCAGUCAAAAGAUGGAUCCUUGUCUGAAGCCUUCACAUUUGUCACAAACGACUGCGAUAAACAGUCAGUUCUUCAGAUGGUGACAACCUUCACAAGCUCCUCAUGGCACAAUAUCACCUCUGAUGGGUCUGAAGUUGAAUGGUUCCCUAACAACACCCACCCAUCCAUCUCCGAGGACCCUGCUGAAGUUAAUAACAGUCCACAGUGGCUCCAGAUCGACCUCGGAGAAAAACGAAGGAUCACAGGUAUUUUGACAACAGGGUUGACUAUUGCGAACCUUGAAUAUUUUGUGAAAAACUACAAGAUUGAGUACAAAGAGAGGAAUCGCUGGCGGGUGUUUACCCAGUAUAACAGCUCCAGUGAUAUGAUUUUUGAAGGAAAUGCAGACAGCUUCCACCAAACACGCAACACCUUCCAUCCGUCCAUCGCAACGCGAUUCAUUCGCCUUGUCCCUCAACAAUGGCACAGAAUAAUGGCCAUGAGAGUUCAGCUUCUGGGCUGUCCUUACAUAAAACCCGCCCCAGUGAAUUCAUCUCAGGUGACACAGGAGGCCUUGCCUACGCAGCCCAUUCAGAAUAUGACUAAGCCGGUUCCUUCUCAGGCUGAUCUGGUUCAUCUCAUUGUUAUCAUCGUGCCCAUUGUUCUGCUCGUGGUCCUUCUGCUGGUGGGGAUUUGUGUUGUUAAAAUGCUUUACAGUAAGAAGACAAAGGAGAACACGUACGGCUCUGCGGAUGCACAUCACACGGGCUGUUGGAGACAGAUAAAACAGCCCUUUGCCAGACAUCAGUCUACAGAGUUUACCAUUAAAUACAACACUGAGAAGGACCCCAUCCAGAAACUAGACCUGGUAACCAGUGCAAUGGCAGCCGAGUACCAGCAGCCACUUAUGCUUGGCACGGAUACGGUGUCUAGAAAAGGCUCAACAUUCCGGCCCAUGGACACGGAUGCCAAAGACAAGGACAUUGAGGCUACAUCUCACUAUGACCGCUUGCAAACAGGAAUCCAGUACGCCUUGCCACUGACCAAUCAAGAGCCGGAGUACGCCACGCCAAUCAUCGAACGCCACGCUUUCCGCAAAGAUCCCUUCAUAACAGAUCCCAGCUACAGCGUUCCAGGGGCGGUACUUAACAAAAGCCCAUCGUUUCGGGCGAUGGAGGGCAAUAACUGUAGAAAAGUAAUCGGAGGGCUGGCUGGAAGCUACCAGAUGCCUCAGGUCAAAAAAGACGGAGGGAAGUGCUUGGAGGGUAUCUACGACAGCCCGAAAAUCCGCAAGUCUGUCAGACAAAAUGGAAAUUUGGAGUACCAGAGACCCCAAAUAAAAGCCCCCGUGCAUGAGUGCUAUUCAACUCCAAGAGACUGUGUUAGACUGGCCAUCUCUGGACCCAGACCGGACCCCGAGGGCAGUAGAUCUGACCCAGAGGGCAGCAGCUCAGAUGGUACCUGAGCAGAACUAUACUGUGAUGUGCUUGAUAUAUCAACCAAAUCACCUCCGGAUUCUUCUGUUAACUUAUUUGUAUGUAAGGGACACCUUUGUUUUGUAUUUUUGCAGUUGAAGACAGAUGGGGAUGUGAAAUUGUGUAUUGUGUGUAUAUAUGACUUGCAUCGUUUUAAAUAAUUGUUUUUUAUUCUUUCUCCUGUUUCGUGAAAUGGGAAUCUAUUUUUUUUUAAUUAAUGCGAUAACACUUUACAGUAAGGUUGUAUGUGUUAACAUUAGUAAGUACAUUAGCUUACAUGAACUAACAAUAUGCAAUAUAGUUUAUCAGGGUUUGAAUAGUUUGGUUCCAAAAACAGAUAACUAUAGGCUGCUAUAGAAGUUUUGUUUAUUGUUAGUUCAUGAUGGCACAUUUACUAAUUUUAUCAAAAACAACCUUUAUUGUAAAGUGUUACCAAAUGCUUUGCCUGUAUCAGAGGACAAACAACAAAAUGCGGAAAUAUGCAAAAAAUGUGUCUUUGUGAACUGUGAAAGUGAGCCAGAUUUUUAUGCAUACAAUGUGAUCAUCUCAAUGUUUUCAAUCCCAGGUCUACAGGCAGAAAACUAGAGAUGGUUUUGUUCCUUUCUAACCCAGUUUAGACUGCUUGUAAGGAUUGUAUGUUUACCUUAUCUUUACCAGUUUUUCUGUCAUUUUAUUUCCUGCUUCUUCAUGCUGAUUUAAUUUUCUUCUUCAUGCCGACUGUUGUCCUGAUGUCAACGUAUUGGGGCAUACACUUGUUUCUUUGUCCAGAUGAUUGUUGACUGCGAAGCAAUAACAGACUGAAAUGUUAUUUGGUCCUGUUCGUUUAGUGUAUGGGAAUAUACAUGCAUAUGUACAUGUUUGAUUUGUAUAUUAAGAUGAGAAACAAAAAAUAGAGGAAAUGUUACUGCGUUCCUGAAGAUCUGGGCAUUGCUGCUGUGUUUGAAGGACAAUCCUUGUUAAAGAUUUCAGACAGGUCUUCAUUUCUGUGAAAUGUUGGUGGGGAUUUGGUUUGGGACUGUGCCCAUGAAGAUCUUGUCGUGCUGGUGUGUUGAAGUGCUGGGAAUCUCAAUGCUGUGUUUGUGCUCAUCUUAAACCCUGAUUAAAAACACCAGCUGCUGAACCUG